GGGCCGGGCCGAAGUAUUAGCAAAUAACGUUCACAUGGGCCCAUCUAAUGGCGGGCCCGAAAUGAAAAAACAAGAGAGUAUGGAAUUUUCCAUUUAUUAAUAAAAACCCGAAGGCCCACGAAACCGACCGUUGAAGCUGCAACGGUCGUUGUCUUCAAAGGUUCUUCCCGUUUCCUUCUUCACUCUGCUAUUAAUCACAAGUGAUUUCUUUUCAAACCCAUCUGUGUAGUUUGUUCACUCUGUACAAAUGGAGGAAGAAAAGCAAGAAUCGCCGCCGGCGCCGGUUCAGAAAGAGGACGCCGGCGUUCCGACCAAGCCCAGUCUAACCGGAAGAACUACCAUUCCCGACCGGCUUAAGCUUCCCAAGGCAUUCAAAUACCCUGAAAGGUACACAAGCCCGACUGAUCAGAUGAUGUCCCCUGCUUCAAAGCGACUCCUUUGUAACGCCGGCAGAACCAGAAAGGCCGCCGCCAUUUCCGCCGCCGAUGCCGGGCCGUCGUUACCCCCAAAGCCUAUAAAGAUGCAAGCUCUAGCACCCCUUCAGCCUGACCGUCUCGAUAGUUGAUCUUUUUUAUUAAAAUAAAAUCCUUUGUGGCAUUACUGUAAUUUUCCGAACUGAAUUUUUUUCUGUUUUUAUGUACUAAAUAAAGAGUUUUAUUUUGGAAAUUUAUGGCUAUUGUUUAAGAUAAAGUUGUAUGAUAUUU